CCUCGCCAGGGUCUUGACCUGACUGCAGUUUGGCGUCGUAACCGACUUCAGUGGGCAAAUGCUCCCCUUCGAUGAACACUGGCACGCUGGAGAACUGUACUCUCCACAGAUGAAUCCCUGUUUCAACUGUACCGAGCAGAUGGCCGACAGCGUUGUGUGGGUGCCCCCAUGGUGGCGGUGGGGUUAUGUUAUGGGCAGGCAUAAGCUACAGACAACAAACACAAUUGCAUUUCAUCUAUGGCUAUUUGAACGCGGCAAGAUCCUGAGGCCCAAUGUCAUGCUAAUCACCCGCCACCAUCACUGCUUGUUUCAGUAUAAUUCAAUGACCCCAUGUCGCAAGGAUCUGUACACCUUUCCUGGAAGCUGAAAAUGUCCCAGUUCUUCCAUGGCCUGCAUACUCACCAGACAUGUCGCCCAUUGAGCAUGUUUGGGAUGCUCUGGAUCAACGCGUAUGUCAGCAUGUUCCAGUUCCCGCCAAUAUCCAGCAACUUUGCACAGCCGUUGAAGAGGAGCGGGAUAACAUUCCACACACCGCAAUGAACAGCCUGAUCAACUCUAUGGGAAGGAGAUUGCGCUGUGUUGCGCUGCAUGACGUGGUCACACCAGAUACUGACUGGUUUUCUGAACAAUUCCCUACAUUGUUUUAAAAGGUAUCUGUGACCAAUAGAUGCAUCUGUAUUCCAAGUCAUGUGCAAGCCAUAGAUUAGGGCCUAAUUAAUUUUUUUCAAUAAAUAAAUAUCCUAACAUGAAGUGUAACUCAUAUUUUUAUUCAGUGUAUAUGGAAUAAAGUAAUAUUAUUUUGUACUCUAUUCUUACUAACACUGUUCUUUCUAAACAAAUCUACAAAUCUGCUCUCAGCUUAAAAGAUACUGAUCAUAGGAGAUUUGAUGUAAUGUAAUAAGCAGUACCGCAUUUCAAAGGACAGCACGCAUACCAUUUUAAUUUAACCACACCCUUUGCGCUAUGCCGUCAUGUCGCCAACCAAUAAGGUCCUUUCUAUUAAGUAAAGCAGAGGCCAAGAGUUUAAUAAGAACAGUGGUAAAAAAAAAUUGUAAAAACUAUUGGCAAGAGUUGAGGAACAGGGAGGGAAAAGGAAGACACCUGUAAAAGAUCCAGGAAAAUGUGGGCGAGGUCCAAGAGAGAAGGGAGGAAGAUGGAACUGGGACACACAAGGCUUAACAGCACUAUGAAAUUAGGGAAACAUCCGACUGGGAAGUGUGAUCAAUGCCAGGAGAUGGAGACAGUGUAACACAUUCUAUUUCAGUGGCAGGAAUAUGGGAGGGAAAGGGACAGUUUGUUAUUAGUAUCAAGGAAUAAUGGUAUUAAACAGCCAAGUUUAAUUGAAUUGUUAAGAAAACCUUACGGUGAUAUUAUAUUUAAUGAUGUAUUCCGAUAAGGGAAUGGUUUAAUUUUGUAGAGUUCAAUUUUCGAUUUUCUCCAUCUCUGGUCCACAGUCCAGUAGGUGGCGGUAAUGCAUCACUAAAGCUGGUUGUCAAACGCGAUUUACAAACCACUGAAGAAGAAGUGUAAACAGAAGUGACCAAGAACAAUUUCCACUUUAGAGUUUUUGUUGUUAUUUAGACGUUUAUUAACAGCGUGGAAAUCUACAUUUGACUAAUUUAACUGCAUAGCAUCACAUACUUACCCCAGGUAGUUUUUAAUUCGCGUUGGGGACAGGACUUGGUUGAUAGAUCUGUUAUUUAGGUGACUAACGUUAGCUAGCUGCUAACGUUAGCUAACAAUGGCUAACUGUAUGGUUUUUCACACUCAAAUCGCCUCCAUUAUGGAGGUGUUAGCGAAUGCAGCCGUGGCAGAGGUCUGCAAACUCGUAGACGACGACUAUGCAGUGUUUCGUUUAGAAAUAACUCAAAGCCAGAAAGAAAACAGGACAUUGAGGAGGAAACUACAGCUACUGGAAAUGAAGGUGGCACGGGAGCGCGCAGAGAGGACAACGCGAGAGCGCGUCCUCGCCAGUCGUCCCAGUAGUGUCAAGAUCCUCGACCGAUACAGGGGAAUGGCAAGAGGUGAAGGACAUCUCACUGGAGGCCACAGGAGCUUUGUGAAGCCAGCGGGACACAAUGCAUGGAGAGAUGACCAGCCAAUCACUGUUGAUGAGGGGAGUGGAACCUCAACCCAGCAUGUUAUCGUGAUCGAGUCUGCAGAGGCUGUAGGUCCUGGGGUCAAGCAGGAGAGGUCUGAAGGAGAGGAGGACCCACGGCACAGCAGAGACAUCCAGACAGGAGCGGCUGGAGUGCCCCCUGUAGCCACAGAGGACCCCACCACCACCACCGCUGCGCAGCCCAGAACCCGAUACAGCGUCACGGAGGAUGAGGAGGAUCCAGAGGUGCUGCUGGUGAAGGUCGAGGGGUAUGAGGAGGGUCUGGGGAACCCUGAGAGGAUCAUGGUCAUGGAGGACAACCAGACUACACCUCCUCCUGAACCCACAGCGGAACCAGCUGAGCAGCACAGGACCACACACAGUCUCACUGAGUCAGUAGACAUGGAGAAUGGGAAGCCUGAUCUGCUGUUGGUCAAAGAGGAGACGAUAGAGGACGGACCAGAGAGCAUUAACCUGCUGAGUGGACUCAAGAUGGGGGAGCAAGGUGGUUGGCUGGAGGCUAACAGAGGAGACUGGCCAACCAUCUUGGAUUCCCAGACUGGUGCAGCCAAGGGCCCAAGGGACGUCAUCACUGAGCAGGCCAGGACCAGAGGCGACAUAGUGGAGUCUGCAGUCCAUGAGGACCUGCUGAUAUCCGGUGUUGCUGGCGAGAGAGAUUGGACCUCUGAAGCGGCUGGUCACAAACCCUGGCCCCAGAUCAGAACUCUGGAUCAGGAGCCAUCGCUCUUCCUUCCCGAGUCAGAACCAGGACCGAACCGUGAGGGGCAGACACUCCACCACCACUACACAGGGCACAACCAGUGGACAGGGGGACUGGACAACCUCAGUCCUGGUGGUCAUCAGAGAGACAGAGGCUCUAGUCAGGAAUCCAGUCUGCAGCCCAGACCCUUCUCUUCACAGUCUCAGUGCAGAGAUGAAGCAGGGCCUGAGGCUGAUAGAGAUAGACCCUCCUGUUCCUAUGAUACAAACACCACAGUAUCCAUGAUGAACAGAGCAGGUCACCCUGGGCUUCAGCCUUCACACAGAGUGGUGGGAGACCCCCCUGGUGUGAGUCUAACAGGAAGUCUGUCUUCUCCUUCAGGAUCUUGUUUAAUGCCUGGUGACUGGGUUCAUAGAAAGCCUGGGUCUAGCCUUCCUCAGUUACCUCAGGGCUACCCCACCAAUACAGACAGGGUCAGGAUGGGCGUUCACCAUGAGAGGUACCUAGCCUAUAACACAGGACACAAUCCCAACAACACCCAAACAAUGGCUAGAGGUCAAGGAGGGAGCUCAAAGACCAACCACCUGAGGGUGACUCCUGCUUCUACCUCCUCUGGUGUCAUUGGGUCACAACGUGGGAGGUCGAGCGUUAGGACAGACGCUGACAAGCCGUACGCCUGCCCCACGUGUGGGAGGCGCUUUGCUAAGGUGAAAUAUGUCAAGCAGCACCAGACCGUUCACACCAAUGAGAGGCCCUUCAAGUGCAAACUAUGUUACAAGAGCUUCUCCCGCCUGAGUAACCUUAUCAGACAUAGGAGUGUUCACAACGAGGAGAAAUCGUAGCAGUGUGGCUUGAGACAUACACAGAGAAUAUCUGGGAAAUAUUCUUUAGCUGAAAUAUUAAAGUAGGGCCAGGCUGUAUAUCAUUUUUUACUAUAUACCGGUAUUGAUGCAUGGACUGGUUUGGGUUUUUACUUUGUAUAAUGGUGUUUCAAUGUUUGGUUUGAUAAACGUGCUAAGCCACUGUUGAGUGCAAUGUCCGUUUAUAGUUUAUUCCGUUUGCUUCUUGAGUUGUCUCCCACACACCAAGCUCUGCACUCGGUGACACUCAAGGAGAGCAUUUUUUGCUGCUACCACGAGUCACAACCACUUGAGGUGACAGUCUGCAUGGUCAAUGCUGCAGCUGCGAUGCAUUCUAUAAUUUCACUAUUAGUUUGUAUCUUGCUGACUGCUGUCGUAUCUGGGAUCUACAUCUGUUUAUAUUAGUUACUAUGCUGUUACUAAGCAGUAAUGUAUUACGGCAGUGUUACGUUACUACACCUAAUAGGAAAUGCACAUGCGCACUAGGGUG